AUGCAUUUGUCUCUAUGUUGUAACACUUUGUUGAAUCCUGCUGUAAUUGGCGAUUCAAAUGAGGACGCGUAUGUGAAGUCUGCGCAAUUUAGCCCCGACGGUGCUGUUUUUCUCGCCAUAUUCAACGAUUCGCGGUUAUCAAUAUAUCAUACACCGGAAGUCGAUCAUAGGGAGGACAAAAAUAUUCCCGACUAUGCCCCUGCUACUGUUUCAUCAAUGUUAGAAUUGCGCUGUAACGAUGACAUCAGAGGCGCGUGCUUUUUUCCAAAUUUUAAUUACGCAGUUCCGGACUCAUGCUGUUUGCUGAUUGCCUCACGAGGAAACCCCGUGCAUCUCCAUGACACGCAAACAGGGAAACGACAUUUCACGUAUAAACCUAUCAGUCGGCAAGAGGAGUUGGUGGAAACAUAUUCACUAGAUUUUCAUCCGCUUGGCAAAUAUUUCAUUGCUGGCAGUCGAGGAACAAUUCAUAUUUUUGACAUCGAAUCACCAGGCAGCGAUAUUGAGGCAAGUGAAACACCCACACAGGGUGUCCGCAAGAUUUAUGCAAAAAUAGGAGGAACCUUUGGCAUUGUUUCAUCCAUAUCUCAUAAUCCACACGCUUAUAACGUAUACGCGUGCGGUGAUUAUAAUUCGUUAAUUGGUGUAUUCGACCACAACAUAUCGCGACACGAAAGUCUCACCAAACCAUUCACUGACAGUGAACGACAGAUGGGACCUAUUACCCAUUUACGGUGGUUAAAUGAGCACAUAUUGCUAGAAGGAGGUCGUACCGACGCCUACGUGCGUGCUUUUGACAUUCGUGGAACAAGUAACGCACCCAUCAUGCGUUGUAAAAGGACAGUAGUGAAUAAUCAAAAGGUUACAUUCGAUAUCAAAGAUGGUGCUCUCGUAUCAGGCACAUCCAACGGGGACGUCGUAGCUUAUGAAACAGCAACUGCGGAAUGUCAAAUGGUCACUAAGAUAUCAGCAAACCCGGUUACCAGCGCGCAGUUCCAUCCAACCUUGCCCUUGUUACUGACUGCGAGCGGGACCAGGACAUUCCAGUCAUACAAGGGCGAUAUCGAUAGCGAUACCGACACUAUUUCUGAUUCUACGGUUAAGUUGUGGUUCGUUUCCACAGAUUCACAAACAUAG